AUGGCUGCGAGCUCCCAUGAUUUGUUUCCUCAGGUCGCUGUGGUGCGAAUGAAGAGCACGGAGCGCAUCUACGCCAUGAAGAUCCUGAACAAAUGGGAGAUGCUGAAAAGAGCAGAAACAGCCUGCUUCCGGGAGGAGAGGAACGUGCUGGUCUAUGGGGACUGUCAGUGGAUCACCACCUUACAUUACGCCUUCCAGGAUGAAAACUAUCUGUAUUUAGUCAUGGAUUAAUGUAGGAGGAACCUUCUAACACUGCUUAGUAAAUUUGAGGACCGCCUCCCCGAGGACAUGGCCAAGUUUUAUCUGGCUGAGAUGGUGCUCGCCCUACACUCGAUUCAUCAGCUGCAUUAUGUGCACAGGGAUAUCAAACCGGACAACGUCCUUCUGGACAUGAACGGCCAUAUUCGCCUGGCGGACUUUGGGUCUUGCUUAAAGAUGAAUGAUGACGGCACCGUGCAGUCUUCUGUAGCAGUGGGGACCCCGGACUACAUCUCCCCGGAAAUCUUACAAGCUAUGGAGGACGGGAUGGGGAAAUACGGUCCAGAGUGUGACUGGUGGUCUCUGGGGGUCUGCAUGUAUGAAAUGUUAUAUGGGGAAACCCCUUUCUACGCCGAGUCUCUGGUGGAGACCUAUGGAAAGAUCAUGAACCAUGAGGAGAGAUUCCAGUUCCCCUCUCACAUCGCCGACGUGUCGGAAACCGCCAAGGAUCUCAUCCAGAGGUUGAUCUGCAGCCGAGAGCGCAGGCUCGGCCAGAACGGGAUUGACGACUUCAAGACCCACACGUUUUUUGAAGGGAUCGACUGGGAAAACAUCCGCAACAUGGAGGCCCCGUACAUUCCCGACGUCAGCAGUCCUUCCGACACUUCCAACUUUGAUGUGGAUGAUGACAUCCUCCGCAAUCCUGAAAUGGUCCCCCCAAGUACACACAGUGGAUUUUCAGGGUUCCACCUACCGUUCGUGGGGUUCACAUACACGACUGACAGCUGCUUUUCUGACCGAGGCUCCUUGAAGGACAUUAUCCACACAAACGCAGUGACCAAAGACGAGGACGUGCAGCGCGGCCUGGAGAACAGCCUGCAGAUCGACGCCUACGAGCGCAGGAUCCGGAGACUGGAGCAGGAGAAGCUGGAGCUGAACAGGAAGCUACAGGAAUCCACUCAGGCGGUCCAGUCCCUCCAGGGCUCCAGUCGGUCCGUGGGAACAUUAACCCGGGACAAAGAAAUUCGGAAGCUGAAUGAGGAAAUCGAGCGCUUGAAGAAUAAAAUCUCAGAUUCAAACCGGAUAGAGCGACAACUGGAAGAUGCCGUCGCUCUGCGGCAGCAGCUGGAGGAGGCUGCAAACAAGAUUAAAAGCCUCGAGAAACAGCAGAGGACAGUGAAACAGGAGCGAGAUGAUCUGCAGAAGCAACACUCCGAAGCCCAGGAGAGGCUGAAGGCUCAGAGCAAGGAGCUGAAGGAUGCACACCAGCAGAGGAAAUUCGCCCUUCACGAAUUUUCUGAGCUCAAUGAUGAGUUGGCCAACCUCCGCUCCCAGAAACAGAAGCUUUCCCGACAGCUGCGGGACAAGGAGGAAGAACUGGAAUCCAUUAUGCAGAAACUGGACUCCAUGCGUCAGGAAUUGCGCAAGUCUGAGAAGACCAGAAAAGAGCUUGAGGUGCAACUUGAAGACGCCAGUGCCGAAGCCUCAAAGGAGCGCAAAUUGCGGGAACACAGCGACAACUUUUCCAAGCAGCUGGAAGGUGAACUGGAGACUCUGAAGUUGAAGCAGGGCGGCCGCACAUCAGGCGUCACAUUAGAGCACCAGCAGGAGCUGUCCAAAGUGAAAUCUGAGCUGGAGAAGAAGAUCUUGUACUACGAGGAAGAGCUGCUGCGGCGAGAGACCUCGCAUUCCUUAGAAUUGAAGAACAUUAAGAAGGGGAUCCAUGACUCGGAGAGCCAGCAGCUCGCCCUGCAAAAGGAGAUUCUCAUGCUGAAGGAUAAGCUGGAGAAAGCCAAACGGGAGAGGCAAACGGAGAUGGAAGAAGCCGUGGGAACUGUGAAAGAAAAGUAUGAAAGAGAGCGAACCAUUCUCCUGGAAGAGAACAAGAAGCUUUCUACAGAAACUGAGAGGCUCUGUUCCUUUGUGGAUAAACUAACGGCACAAAAUAGACAAAUGGAGGAUGAGCUGCAGGAUCUGACCACCAAGAAGGAAUCCGUCGCUCACUGGGAGGCUCAGAUUGCGGAGAUCAUCCAGUGGGUGAGCGACGAGAAGGACGCCCGAGGUUAUCUGCAGGCCUUGGCGUCUAAGAUGACGGAAGAACUUGAGACGCUGAGAAGCUCCAGCCUGGGAUCUAGAACGCUGCCUGAAAUGUCAUUCUCGCACGGCCUGGCCCCGUACAGUGCAGAUAGGCUGGAUCCGCUCUGGAAGGUCCGGCGCAGCCAGAAGUUGGACAUGUCGGCGCGGCUGGAGCUGCAGUCUGCCCUGGACGCCGAGCUCCGCGCCAAACAGGUGGUGCAGGAGGAGCUGAGGAAGGCAAAGGAUGCCAACAUCUCAUUCGAGAAUAAACUAAAAGAAGCAGAGGCUAAAAACAAGGAGCUCCUGGAAGAAAUGCAAAGUUUGAAGAAGAAGCUGGAGGAGAAAAGGAGAGAUGAUGGAGGUCUUAAGCUCCCAGAUUUCCACGAGUCCAUCUUUGAAUACUUCAACACCUCCCCCCUGCCGCAUGACCUAAGGUCCAGUCUGAUCAGCGAGCACGAGAUCUCUACCCCCAAACCAGACGUCUCCCCAUCACUGCUUGCACCUAGCAGCCAAGACCAGCAGCCAGAGGAGGUUAUAAGGACCCAACCUCGGACGCCUCCCGCGCCGUCCCCAACAUUUACUCCAUUGUCCAGCUCUGCCCCAAAGCCCAAGGCUCAUCAGCUUGCAAUCAAGUCCUUCACGAGCCCCACACAGUGUUCCCACUGCACGUCCCUCAUGGUGGGAUUAGUACGACAAGGCUUCGCCUGCGAAGUGUGUCCCUUUGCUUGUCACGUGUCCUGUAAGGACCUCUCUCCACAAGUGUGUCCGAUUCCAGCUGAACAGUCUAAAAGACCCCUCGGGGUGGACGUGCAGCGCGGUAUUGGGACUGCCUACAAGGGCUACGUCAGGAUCCCAAAGCCAACGGGUGUGAAGAAAGGCUGGCAGAGGGCGUACGCCGUGGUCUGUGACUGUAAGCUCUUUCUGUAUGACGUGCCUGAAGGGAAGUCUACUCAGCCUGGAGUGGUGGCGAGUCAAGUGGUGGAUCUUAGAGAUGAAGAGUUUUCCGUGAGUUCAGUCUUGGCAUCGGAUGUGAUUCACGCCACCCGCAAGGACAUUCCCUGCAUAUUUAGGGUAACAGCCUCCCUUCUAGGUGCCCCUUCCAGGACGACGACUUCUCUGCUCAUCCUCGCAGAAAGCGACACCGAGAAGAGGAAGUGGGUUGGCAUCCUGGAAGGCCUGCAGACCAUUUUACAGAAGAACAACCUAAGGAACAAGGUGGUCCACUGCCCCCAGGAGGCAUAUGACAGCACGCUGCCGCUCAUCAAAACCGUAGUGGCUGCAGCGAUUGUAGAUCGGGACCGGAUCGCUGUGGGGACAGAAGAAGGACUGUACGUCAUUGAGGUCACCAGAGACGUGAUCGUCCGAGCCGCAGACUGCAAGAAGGUUUCUCAGAUUGAAUUGGCUCCGAAGGAGAAGAUUGUCAUCCUCGUCUGUGGCCGAAACCAUCACGUCCACCUGGUACCCUGGUCCUCUCUGGAUGGCUCAGAGGGCAGCCUCGACAUCAAACUUCCCGAAAGCAAAGGCUGCCAGUGCAUCACCACAGGAACCCUGAGGAAGUCGCCGGCGUCUUGUUUGUUUGUUGCCGUCAAGCGUCAGAUCUUUUGCUAUGAGCUGCAGAGAACUAAACCAUUUCAUAAGAAGUUCACUGAGCUCUCGGCCCCGGGGAGCGUGCAGUGGAUGGCCGUAUUUAAGGACAAACUGUGCGUCGGUUAUCAGUCAGGAUUCUCCCUACUUAGCAUCCACGGAGAUGGACCAUUUAUAAACCUUGUCAGCCCUGUUGACCCCUCCCUGGCGUUCUUGUCCCAGCAGCCUGUAGACGCUCUGUGUGCAGUGGACCUUGGUAAUGAUGAAUACUUGCUCUGCUUCAGCCAGAUGGGAGUCUAUGUGGACUCACAGGGACGGAGAACGCGAUUGCAAGAGCUUAUGUGGCCGGCCACCCCCAUCACCUGCAGUUGUAGUCCUUCCUAUGUGACCGUCUACAGUGACUAUGGCAUUGAUGUAUUUGAUGUUCACUCUAUGGAAUGGGUGCAGACUAUUGGACUGAGGAGGAUCAAGCCAUUAAAUGUAGAAGGUACUCUCAACCUGUUGAACUCCGAGCCGCCUCGCCUUCUGUAUCUAAAGUGCACCCAUUCAGAAGGGGCUGUCCUCACCGUCCCGGAGACCUCCGAUAAUAGUAAGAAGCAGAUGGUUAGGACCAGGAGUAAGCGGAGAUUUGUGUUUAAAGUCCCAGAAGAAGAGCGAUUGCAACAACGAAGAGAAAUGCUCAGAGAUCCUGAACUGAGGUCGAAGAUGAUCUCAAACCCGAUCAAUUUCAACCACGUGGCGCAUAUGGGUCCAGGAGAUGGGAUGCAAGUGCUUAUGGAUCUCCCUCUGAGUGAAUGUCCUCCUCUCUUUCCGUGCCCUCGAAACUCUCUUCUGAUCUCACCUCCUGCAAACUUUGAGCACGUCUAUCACAUGAACCCUGUCUCGGCAGACUUCUAUCUCCAGAACGAGCUUAGCUCUCUGUCCUCUUCCUCUUCUCCCUCUUUACCAAGGAGCGUUAUGCCGUCAGGGCAAGAGGAAAACCCUCGGGAAAAAUCCCGUCCACCCUCCACCAACCUGGCGCGGCAGCAGCUAAGAAGCAGGUCCUACAUCUCCUGGCCAUCUUCAGGUACCGGCGAUUCAUCGCGGAGUAUAUCGGAUGCUGAUCAGGACCUGGAAAGAGAGCCAGAUUCAGACUCCACCAAACAUUCCACUCCUUCAAACAGCUCCAACCCGAGCAGCCCUCCGAGCCCCAACUCCCCGCAUAGGAACCAACUGACGCUGGACGGCCUGGAUCAGUCCGCCUGUGACGCAUAGCGCUCCUCGCCGGAGAUGUCAUCGUUCCUAGUGUGUCAGUCCCACGCAAUAGUGCCAAGAUGUGUUGCACGGACCUCCCCAUCCCCCAACCCACUUACUGUAGAUACAGCGUAAAGAGGAAAAAAAGAGCGGGGGGGUUUAAUAUAUGUGAUGGAGCUUUUAUAUGCAAGAUGAGUUGACCGUUUCUAAUAUCCGUUCCGCUCAUAGGAUGUUUUUACUUUGUACAUUUUUUAUUUUUUUUUAAACGAUUAUAUCUCCCUUUUUGUACGAUGCUGCUAGUUUCUGGGACGCAACAGAGGAAAUUCCGAAAGCUGCUGCCACGAUAAGCAAAUGGCGUCAGCGACGGGAGGUCGGAGAAGGAAAUGUGUGCGAUUUAGGCUACAUGCACACAACCGUGCCGUUUUUUGCAGUCCGCAAAAAACGGAAGCACCCGUGUGCUUUCCACAAUUUACGGAACGGGUGGCCCAUUGUAGAAAUGCCUAUUCUUGGCCGC